AUGAUGUGUGACGCGAUACCAGAAACUAGCUGCUGCCCUGGAUCCAUCACUCAAGAUAAUACUGGUGAGUCAAUUCCUCAAUUAGAAGUUACCGCAUUAUCUGAACUGGUCACCGUAUUAAAAUCAAUGUCUGGUAAUAAUCCCGAGAAGUUCGGAUCCCUUAAUAAUGCUGUACCUGAAUUCGAUCCCUGUAAACGAGAACAAACCAUGAUAAUGUGGCUUCACAAAGUCAACGAGUGCGCUACUAUCUAUGGAUGGUCAGAAAAACAAAUUGUUCACUAUGCCCUACCUAAACUAAAAGGCGUUGCCCAGAGAUGGUAUGAGGGUCUACCUUCCGUCUUAUUUACCUGGGUCGAAUGGCAGGAAAAACUGUUAGCAGCUUUUCCGUCAGAAGAAAACUACGGGCAAAUGCUCAGCGAUAUGUUGGCGAAGCGAGCUAGAUUUACUGAUUCAUUAGAAGAUUACUAUUAUGACAAGCUAGCACUCAUUAAUAGGUGUGGGAUACUCGGCAAACGUGCAGUGGAGUGUCUCUUACACGGUAUUGACGAUCGAUCAGUCAGAUUGGGCGCAGAAGCGGCCCAGUUUGACGACCCUAAUAAGCUUUUGGCGUAUUUACGAAAUGCUCGUAAUAUAAAAUCGAUCAUUGACCGUAAAUCGAAUAAAAAUCAACCCCCGAAAAAUUCGAAUGGCCACAACUUUACGAAAACUAUACGUUGCUCCAAUUGCAAGAAAGAUGGGCAUGUUACAUCGCAAUGCACUCAACAUAAAAAGUGUAGUCGAUGUAACAGGAUAGGUCAUGACACUGAACAAUGCUAUGCCAAACUCCCAACAACCGAAGAGAAAAAGGUCUUGCGAGUAGAAGAUAAAAGUAACGGAUUAGACUCAUUUUGUUCUUCAAAAAUAGCUAAUCCAGUAUCUGACGCUAAUAAGAAAUAUUUUAAAACCGCUGUAGUUAAUGGGUUACCGUUAACAGCAUUCGUUGAUUUUGGUAGUGAAUGCUCUAUGAUUAAGCUGUCGGAGUUCCUUAAGUUGUCUUUGAAGUACGAGAUCCAUAAUCUCCCGGUUCUGAGAGGUUUUGGCAAUUUUAUGGUCACUUGCAUUGGUAAACAACAAGUUAAGGUCGUUAUAGACAAUGUAGAGGCUAGUCUUGAACUACUAAUAGUAUCUGACAACGCUAUGCAUGUUCCCCUCCUAAUCGGACAAACAUUUACGGAGCAGCCGCACAUAACCAUACGCAAGACAAGCGAUACUCUAGAAAUAUCUGAGCUCGAAUAUCGCGAUGUUGUCCAGAAUAAUAAGGUUAAUCUAUUUUGCAAGGACUAUGUAGAGGUUAUGGGCCUCGCUACCGUAGAUGUUUAUACAGAUUCUGCCUAUACGGGAGACAUUUUUGUCGAUGACGAUAUUCGCUUCUAUAAGGGCACCCAUUAUUCAAUAUUGGCAGGAUUAUUUCGAUUAGAAGAACGUGGAAUAGGACAGGUUGUUAUCGGCAACACUUCAGCGUCACCAUUACUAUUGCCAAAAGAUUUUCUAGUAGCAAGGGGUCGCAUCGCGCAGGAAGAUAACACAUUGCAAACUUUAAAUGUCGCGUCUAUUGUUGCCGAUAACUCAAAACCAAUAACCGAAGCUGAUGUGAGCAUGAACGAUGCACUGUCCUCUGAGCAUAAAAUUCAACUACUUAAUUUAUUAAAUAAAUAUCGGUCCUGUUUUGCAUUUAACUUGUCUGAGCUAGGACACACUACUGCCGGGGAUAUGACUAUUACUCUUCAUGACAAUGAGCCGGUUAUUUAUAGACCUUAUCGCUUAUCUAUUAGCGAAAAGGAAAAGGUUAGGGAAAUGGUUUCUGAACUAUUGCAACAUAAUAUAGUAAGACCGUCAACAUCAUCAUACGCGAGUCCUAUAGUUGUGGUAAAAAAGAAAUCCGGAGAACUUCGACUAUGUAUAGAUUAUCGGGCGUUGAAUAAGAAAACUGUUCGGGAAACCUAUCCAAUGCCAUUAAUCGAUGAUCAACUGGACGUACUCUCUGGUAACCAAUACUACACUACCCUGGACCUCGCGUCUGGCUACUACCAGAUCCCAAUUCGCGAAGCAGACCGACAUAAAACGGGGUUUGUGACGCCGGAUGGCCACUACGAAUUCAAUCGCAUGCCAUUUGGCCUCGCAAAUGCCCCAGCUACGUUUCAACGUAUUAUGAAUCAAGUGCUAGGGUCUUUGCGUCAUAAGGAAGCUCUAGCCUACUUGGAUGAUGUGAUUAUCCCAUCAAAAGACAUACAUGAAGGUAUGUCAUGGUUAGAGUCCGUGUUGCAUCUAUUCGCUGGUGCUGGCCUUACGUUGAAGCUUCCGAAAUGUUUCUUUUUCGGUAGAUCAGUCGAUUACUUGGGAUUUGAAAUAUCUGCAAAAGGAAUUCGACCUGGCCUUAAGAAAAUAGAAGCAGUGGAGCGCUUCCCAACUCCACAGAACCAACAUAAUGUACGUCAGUUCCUUGGGUUGGCGAGUUUUUUCCGGAGAUUUAUACAAAAUUUCUCGGUAAUAGCUAAACCUCUCACGCAUCUUUUGAAGAAGGAUGCGAAAUGGUCAUGGGAUGCAGAUCAAGAGACUGCAUUUCGCCACCUACAAAAGGAGCUGAUACAACGUCCCACAUUGUCCUUGUAUGACCCAAAGGCAGAAACUCAACUCCACACAGACGCUUGCAAAAUCGGAGUGGCAGCAAAAUGUGUUGGUUCUGCUGAAAAUAAAUGGGACGAGCAUCUACCUGACGUACAAUGGGGUAUGAAUAAUACCGUUAAUAAGGGCAUUAACCGUACACCAUCUGAGGCGCUUUUCGGUAUAAGACCAGCUGGACCUAACGACUGCAGAAUUGCCUCUGAAUUGUCUAAGGACGUAUCUGGACCUGUCAGUGACAAUAAUGUCGCCCAAAUCAGACAAGAGAUAAACUCUCAUGUCAAACUCUAUCAAGAAGCACAAAAAAGAGCAUACGACGCAAAGCGUUUUCGUGCUCCAAAAUAUAAAAUAGGCGAUCUCGUACGAGUCGAACGGCAAGUCCCAGCCACAG